CAGCCGCGCGCGGAGGCUGGACGCGCGGAGGAGAGCUGCCUGCCGCCGCCGCCGCCGAGUCAGUAUCAGCAUGGGCCGAGCCGCUGCUUUGCUUCUCAUUUUCCUGCUCCGCCACCUGCGCUCAGAGGGAGCAGAGGAAGGAGCGGCCGUGAAAAAGGCGAGGGCCCAGCCAGGCGGCGAAGAGCUGCGGCCGCCGGCAGCGGAGGACGGCGGCGGCCAGCAGGCGGCCACCGGCCUGCCGCUCAGCUUCCUCAGUCCGUCCGUGCUGCAGGCCCUCGAGCUGGGCAAGGCCAUCCCAGGCCGCGCCGGCACAGACUACCCGAUCCUCGGCGAAAUGCCCUACACAAACUUCUACUGCGACGAGCAACCCUACCCGGGAUUUUUCGCCGACACUGAGACCAGGUGCCAGGCGUGGCACUACUGCGACAUCGACGGUCGGCAGGCGUCGUUCCUGUGUCCGAACGGGACGCAGUUCAACCAGGCGGUGUUCGUGUGCGACUGGUGGUUCAACGUGCGGUGCGAGCUGAGCGAGGCGCUGUACGCUCUCAACGAUCGCCUCUACCGACGGCCGCAGCACAACGCCGCCGCGCCGCACCGCACCAUCACCAAGGAGCUGCUCGACAACAUCUUCACCUAGUGCCAUCCUUUAAAAAAAAACACCACAAUUUAGUGUUUAGUAGAAAGACAGAUGCUUUUCCAGGCGUGGAAAAGUUCACGAGAACGGAAAAUGUUGGAAUGUGGCACACUCAGACCCGGAGUGAUGAGAAUUGGAUUUUAAUUUGACGAACCACACACUCGACCCCCUCCCACUACUGGAGUUGCACUGCAAACGCCUCUAUUUUGAGGAUUUUUAAUGUUGAUUUAGAUCAGGGUUUUCAGAAAACUAGAAAUAGGCAUUCCGUGCAUUUAUAUAAGUAAAAAACGUGUCAUUAAAAGCCAUUGGGACCUCCAAUUUUGGGAAGGGGGCCAAGUGUGUGGUUUGUGUUAAAAUUUGGUCUUUGUGUGCGGAGCCCUUGGAAAUGUGAUCAAGAGUGAUAAUUAGACAAGACUCUCUUUCUGCGAGUGUUUUGGCGCGAUCCUUUUGCGGUCAAUCAAAAUUUGCCUGAACAAAAACAGUUCCGGCCUUUUAGAGGUUUGCCCUCCAACCAAUUUAGUGUCCUCUAGCUAUCUCGUUUUACAGGUAGAAUAAAAACGUGCCUUCUGCAAUUUUAAUUAUAAGCAAAACUAUGCAACGUCUAAAUUAUUAUUUCCAACGAAUUUCGUAAUGUGUAAGAAGUGUUUUUAUUCGGGCGCGGCCUUAGAAAAAGAACAAAACGCUUCCGAGAGCAGUGAGUGCAGACUUUGGAUAAAAGCAGCGGUGCGGCUUCGGGUGCAUUCGUGACUAGGCAAUGAAAGGAUAUAUGUACAAUAUAUGGAGCAAAGACCUUCGCACAGUGAAAGGAACAACAAAGGAACAGGAUUCGAAGUGGCAGCAGCGGGCGGACUACAUUAUCUCUCUCUGCUCUCAGUCAGCCUCACAAUCAGAGACGCGGCGAUGUUGGUGUCUACCCGCGGAUCAAUGCAAAAUCGCAAUCACGCGCGCGUUGGCCAAUAAAUAACACCUUCCGCUCUCCAACUUAUUUUUAUUUUACCUGGCCCGAAAGAAAAUAAAGAUAAAAAAAACGGCAUUGUUUCCCGUCUCUCUGGUUGCGAGCGGAACUAAAAAUGAAAUUGUGCAGCGCAGCAAAUGUACCUCUUUAAUUCCCAGCAAGUACAACACACGGUAACUUUCUUCGCUAUAAAAUAGACUCGACACGAUAGUUUCUAAAAUAAAAUAUACAAACACACGUUUACGCAAUCGGCUUUAA